AUGUCACGCCAUGCACAGUUGCCAGUUGAGAUCCAGUACGAGAUUACUAAUCUAUUAGCAGGAGGCGACGCUUCCCGUACGAGGCAUACUGCAUUCUGCCUCUCUCCAGAAAAGAAGCUGGAGAUUGAACGGUGUCAUGCGUCAGUGUGGGGAUUAGUGCUCGAAGGCUGGAAUCAAGGUGCCUGGGAAGAGGCCCAAAAGACGAGUCAUGGUGGUAUGCACAAUCUGGUCCUACUUGGAUAUGAUUUAAAAUACUUAUACGACGGUGAGGAAAUACCUGACGGCCAUGGGCCAGUGGAAAUAUUCUUGCUGGCAUUAAAAGAGGGGGGGUGCACGGAGCCGCCAAGGGAGGUCACCGAUAAACUCCAGAAAUGGGCUAACCUGAAAGUUCAUUACGAAAGAUCCACGUUGGCGGCUGCUGCUAUCUGGAGGUUAGGAAUUCACAACACAUAUGCCCUAUGCUGGGAACGGAGUUAUGACUUGCAUAAGCUCCCUGUGCAGUUAUCGGUGAACCCGUCAUGGGGAAAUACACGGACUGGCAUUGUUGGUGGCCACCACAGGAGGGUUGGAAACGAACUUCGCUAUGUUUGGCGAAAGUUCACAGAGAUCAGCGACAAUUUCUGGUGGCGCAUUGAUCUCAACAGCCUGCCUAUAACCCACCCAGGGGCAAUGGAGGCCUGGAAGCUGCACUUAAGACUUGAAGGCAAAGUCGUUACUAUGGAAGAGGUUUUGGACUAUCUUCAGAGCCAUAUACAUUACAACCUUUAG